AUGGCCAAUUAUUUUUCCUCCCGCAUUGCUGAAUUGGAAGCUUAUCGGACCAUGUGUCGUGAUCAGGUUCAAAAAAAUCACUAUUUGGUUAUAAAUUAAUAAUUUCAUUGGUUUCAGAUGAUAUCGAUCGAACGAAUAUUGGAACAAAACGUCAAUGAACAAGUGAUCCAGAAAUCGACGUUACUUUCAAUAAAAGCCACACAUUUGGCCCUUCUCGUCAAUGUUAAUCAUAUCAUUGAUCUUGUCAAAAGUGGAAAGGUUUGUCGUUUUGAAUUGGGUGACUUUUUGAUUUUUGCCAAUGUUUGUACUUUUGAGGAGUUUUUCCAUUUAUAGUCCAUUCCGCACCAGCUUGUCACGUUUUUUCCUUUCCUCACAGCUACAAAACGUUUUCGUUUUGAAACCCAUGACCUGUUUUUUGGGUAUGCGCCUUUAAAGGAAGUUAAUAAGCCUAAUUAAAGUCGCAUGCAGGGUUAGGUAGCUCUGAGGCAGGGAAAAUCGCGACGAAGCUUGACGCAAUGGCUUUAAAUUACUACAAAACCCUUUGCUUUCAAACUCACGACCUGUUGUUGGGUAUGCGCCAUUAAAAGAAGCUUAUAGGUCUAUUUAAAGGCGCAUGAAUAGGAUUAUUUAGUUCUAUUGCAAAAAAAAAAUCGUGACUAAAUUGGUCGCAAUGGCGACACUAAGAAUAACUGACGAGAUAAACGCGAGGUCGGUGGCGGUACAUUGAUGAGCUCGCAAACAUCUCGCUUUUUUCGAGGCGCGAUCUCGCAUUUCUCUCGGCGCGACCUCGCAUUUUUCUUGGCGCCAUCUCGCAUUUAUCUUGCAUUUCGGAAAUUUUCAGAUUGCGAGAGAAAUGCGAGCUCGCGCCUAGAAAAGUGCGAGCUCGCGACCAGAAAAAUGCGAGACCGGCGCGAGAAAAAAAGCGAGAUGUUUGCGAGCUCGUCAAUGUACCGCCAGCGUCUCGCGUUUAUCUCGUCAGUUAUUCUUAGUGGAUAGAUUGUUCCGUGCCAGCUCAAUUUUUGUUUCCCUCAGAGCUACAGUACCCUACUUUUCGAUGCGCCUUCAAUAAAAGAUAAUUUUUAGGCCAAAUUAUAGGCGCCUGAUCAGAAAUUGACCGCGUGCUUUGAGCGGAAUGAUUUUUUAGCUUGGAGGGUAACAAAAAAUAGUGAUAAACCGGUACGGAAUGGUUAUAAAAAGCGCCUUCAAAAAGUGUUAUUUCCCUACUUUUUCCAUUAAACCCCUAUUUAUUUAUUUUCCAGGCCGUCAUCCCUGAAACGAACGAUUCGGCAAGGAAAAUGAAAUCGAUGAACAAUAUCAACAACAACAAAGUUGCUCCACAGCACAAGCCUCUGUCCCGAAUGAAUUCUGUUCAAAUCGCCAAAGAAAUUCCGCCGAAACGGGAAAUUUCGACCAAAUCCAACACGGGCUAUGCUUCCGAUGACACCCAGACGACGACGAGAACUUUCAAGGCCGAUUUGGACGUUGUUAGUGGAUUUUAAUGGGAACUAGUGCUGGGAAACUCUUGAAAAUUGUUCAGAAAAAGGAAAAAUUGCAAUUUUAGCUUGAUUUUUUCAAAAAGUUUUUUGAAGUUUAACUGAAAAAAUGAAAAGUUGUGAUCAAGGAUGACUAUUUUGAGAGAUUUCACGUUGAUUUUUCAGUAGGAAUAAUUUUUAAAGUCAUUUUUUUCCUUGUGAGUUUCAGAAUUGAUUUCAAAGAGAAUUUUUACUGGAAUGAGCUUUUUUUCGUGUACAAAAAUUUAUCUACUUUUUAACUAUUUUUAAGCUGAUUUUUAUUCAUUUUUUUAUAUCCAUAGGCAAAGUCGGAAAGAAUGGAAAAAGGCUCUAUAAAAAUGUUCAUUUUAAGGCGAUAUAUGUUCCUUUUUUGCUGCCUUUUUGCGCCAUUCCCUCGCUUAUUUUGCAGCAUUUUUGCUGCCUUUUCUUUUUUCUACCAUUUCUUGGACCUUAAAAAUCCCAGAAAAAAUUGGAAAACUCGAUAAAGUAACCCUUUUUGCUGCCUUUAUUGAGCCUUUCUGCGGCCUUUUUUGAGCUGUUUUGCUGCCUUUCUGCGGCCUUUUUUGAGCUUUUCUGCGGCCUUUUUUGAGCCUUUUUGCGACCUUUUUUUGAGCCUUUAUGCGGCCGUUUUGCUGCCUUUUUUGAGCCUUUUUGCUGCCUUUCUGCGACCUUUUUGCUGCCUUUCGGCUGCCUUUUGUGAGCCUCUCCCUUUUAGCAGCCAUUAUCCACCGUUUCGACGUUGCCAUAGUUAGAACUUAUAUAGAAAAGCUUGUCAGUUUUUUGUUUUGAAGAGGAAAAAUGGGGUAAUUCAUCAUUUUUGAACUGAUUAUUGACUAUAUUGAUUUUGUUGUUCCUUUGCUUUUUACUAUAUCUUUUCCUUGUUCAGAGUAAUUCUCUAAAUUCAAAAAAUCUCUGAUUCUCUAAAAUUUAGUUAUCUUUUUCUUUCUCUGAUGGUUAUUUUGGCCUUUCCGGGAUCACACGGCAUAAGAGAGUAUUAAUUUCUCUAUUUCUCAAAAUUUUUUAUAUUUUUGAAACUUGAAGACGAGCGACUGCGACGAAUGGCACGACGCGGACGAUUUCAAACUCUCUGUCGACAGCGGCGAAGAAGCCAUGGAAUCCCGAGCUGAUACUCCCGUUUCAGUGGCCCAAGAAAAUACGGAAACUCCAGCCCCGCAGAAGAAAUUCCGACCUGUAAGAAUUGAGAAAAAACAUGAGUUUCCCAAGAAUUUCCUGCAGAACUCUGAAAAAGACCUUCCCUUCGGCCAUUAUGAUAUCAUGGAAAUCGAAACGACCAGCAAUUUGUUCCCCUUUGUGGACACGUUGGCCGAGGAACAGUUGAAGUGAGUUUGGGAGCAAAAAAAUGUCGUGAAACGCGAUUUUUCGUUGAAAUUUGAAUGGGAAAAUGCUCAGGAACUAGGAGAUUUUUUGAAUUUUUCUUAAUGGGGUUUUUUUCAUAAUUGAAAUGUAGUCUGUUCAUAUUUUGAAUGUCAAGUGCAACGACGUCAUUCAAAAACACUCUGUGAAUAGCUCGCUCUCGUAUUGAAAAUUGAAAUUUAUAAUAGCUUGAACUUGAACUUUUAAAAAAACUGUUUAUUGCAUCUUCAAUGUAAGAAUACAUGUGCAAUCGACUUUUAUUGAUUUCAACUGUGUUUAAACGGCGGCAGGAGCUGUGGCUUAGGCAGAGAAGUUGUAAAUUUCGCUCGUAGAACAUCAGGUACAAGAGAGGUCGUAGGAAGAAGUACGGUGCCGGCUUUCCAAAGGCCGAUGGCAGAGAUUGAGCCUUUUCGCUGCAUGCAGCUCCCAAUUUUAUCUGCCCCGGAGGGAUGAAAGGCUUGGUCGACCUCGGGGGAACUCGAACCUACGACCUCGCGGACGUUAGAAAUGAGUUAUGCCAGCUGAGCUAUGCCGCCCCCUUGAACUUGGAUUUUUAAAUUUAUUAUUUAUUCUAGGCAUUUUCUUAAAAAGAACUAAUUAUUUUUGCGGUUCUCAAGGGUAAAUAUACUAAUUUAAAGAGUUAUGAAUGAAAAAAGAAACGCGAUUUUACGUUAAAAUUUGCACUGGAAAUUUCUCAGAAAGUUGUAGAUUUUUUUGAAUUUUUUUCUUAAUGGUAUUUUUUUAAAUAAUCAAUAAAGUCCUGUUUUUUUGUUGGAAGUUGAUAAAAUCUCAAAGUUUCCUAUUGAAAAUUGAAAUUUAGUUUGAUUUAAAGUUUAAGAUUAGAGGAUUAUCUUUGCCCAUUUUUUUAAAAAAAGAAAUAAUUUUUUUGAGGCUCUGAAGGGUAAAUAUAUUAAUUUGAAGAGUUAUGGAUGAAAAAAAGUCAUUUUUACCAAAAUAACAAAGGGUUUUGCGCUUUAAAAAAAUCCUGGAAAAAGUUUUUUUGAAAAAUGUAAUUUUUUUGAAAUUAAAUUUUUUCAAAUAUUGUCAAAAAAUUAGUAGCAUUUGUUUGAGUUUUGCUUCGAUUUUUAGUGUAUUUUUGAGCCUAAUAUCGGCUUUUUUUUUGUCGUUUCAAGGCUUUCAUUCCCAGACGUUUUUGUGGCGAAACAGAACUUGGGGCUAAUGGGAGCUUUUUGAUAAAAUUUUAUUUGUUUUCAAAAAUAUCCUCCAACCAACAGAGACGGGAAAAAAACGAGUCAAAUAUUGCGGUUUUUCGAAAAUUUCACGAAGUUCUGUUAAGACACGCCCUGGCCGGCGUCGAAGACAACGUCUGGACGCUGUUCGCAGAAGACGGCGCCAUGAAAAUGUACACGAGGGAAAUCGAGGAAGGCGGCCUGCCUGUGGAUCCCUUGAAGGCCGUUCAUCAAGUCAAAGUAGAAAAAAGUGUUGAUUCCAACAAAUUUUGACGUUCUCAGGGAGUCACGGCGUUGGAAUUCAUGCACUAUUUCUUCGACGCGAGGUACAAGAAAGACUGGGACCACACGUUGGACUCGAUGUCGAUAGUUGAAGUCGUCGCCCGGGACACCGUAGUACUCCAUCAGAAACAUAAAACGGUACGAAAAAAAAAAAUUAGUCAUUGAGUUUUAGGAAUCUAUGAGUCAUUAGUAUUAUACAUAAGACAUUAGAAAUAAAAUAAAGGAGAAAAAUUGUGCCGCAAUAAAACUCUCAGGUUUCUCCAAACUCUCUCCUUUUUUCUCACUGUCUCGUUUUUGUCUAGAAACCGUCCGUUACAUGAAUAACUGUCGAUGAAGUUUGUCUGGUUAUUAGGGGCGGCUUUUUGAAAAAUAAGAUGUUUUACUGUAACGUGAGAGGUUGCGCCAAUUGAGCCCACUUUCUGGAAAAUUUUUAGUGACCACUAUAGAAGCUCGCCAAGGGCUACUUGGAGAGGACACUAAAGUGGCCACUAAACCUACUUCUAUAGUGGCCACUAUUUUCCGUUUUAGUGGCCACGAUAAAGGAUCUCUAUUUAGUGACCACUUCAGUAGUUUUUCAUCCAGUAUUCCUUCCAGUAACUCUGAUAAUUGAUCCAUUGACCCCUAAAGUGACCACUAAGUGGUCUAGUAGUAGCACUUAGACCUCUAUAGUGGCCACUGAUUUUUAACCCCUUAAGUGGCCAUUAAUUUGACUACUAUAGUAGCCACUAAAACGUCAAAAUUUUAUAGAGGCCACUAAAAAACUUUCCCAGUUUCUUGACUUUUUCGAGCCUUUUUUUAGGUCCCUAAAUCAAUUUUUACUUGCUUAUACUCUUAUAGGAACAAAGACUAAUUUUUAAAAGAAAAUUCGAAGCCUAGAGCCGUUUUCAGUGCUGUUUUAAACAAUCAGUGAAUUUUGUUGAGUUUAUAUAAAUUACAAGUAAUUUUUCCAGGUUUGGCCAGCGGCGCCCAGAGAAUCGCUCUUCGUUUCUCAUAUCCGUCGGGUCGAUAACUUCAAAAGAGACGGGGCCCACGAUCUUUAUAUCGUUUGCAAUCGGAAUCUAGAACGACCUGAUGUGCCGGUUCGUUUCAAAAAUCAUUUCAUUGGUUUUUUCAAAUUCUGCAAUUGCGCUCUAGCGAACAAGUUGAAGAGGAAAAUCAUUAUCGAAAGGUUUUGGCCACGAAGAAAAGUAGGUUGUAAACUCACACAUUUUUACCAGUUCUCCGAACCUUCGGCCCCUAGAGUGACCUCUUAAAAACAAGCUCAAGCUCUCUGGGUUAUCUCAACCAACGAGAAACGCAAACCGGACGUUUCCAAGCCCUUUAGGGAUCACUUGAGUGUUUUGUGUUUACUAAAGUAAUCACUAAAUUACUCAGAAAGCCCGGAGAAAAUCCAAAUGAUUCACGGACAUUAGACGGACGUGUCGGGGCAUUUCUAGUGACCACUUUAGCAGCUUCAUCCCUUUUAAGGGAUCCCUCGAAUUGCGCAGAAACGUCCGUUUUGCGUUACCAAUGUCCGUGAUUAGAUAGUUAGUUCGCUGGAGCGCGUUUGCUUGAUGACUGAUUUUUUUUUUGAUGAAUUUUUUUUAGCUUGGCUCCUCUUCGUCGGUUCGCGUUGGCCUGACUGUUUCCAUGGUUUGCGAGACAAUUGUCAAAAAUGAUGAAUAUGAUCGGCCUUUGACACGAGAUGACGUCACCUGCAACAUAAUUUAUGUUUCUCAAGGUACCUUCUUGGUCUUUAAGCUGAGAAAAUACUUGUUUCUGACUUAUUUUGAACGAAAUUCAGCAUUUUGAGUCAAAAAAAUAAGUUAGAAAAAUUUUAUUCAAAGUUUUGAUAUUAUUUUUUGGUCAGUGUGUUGAAAUUGAAAAAAAAAACUUCUUCGAGUUAUUUUUAACGAAAUUAAACUUAUCAACCCAUUUUCUAAACCCCUAUAAGGAUCACUUAAGUUUUAGCCUUAUAGCAAGUUCUUUUUUCCCCUGACCCCUAUAGGAAUCACUUAAUUUUCAUCCCUAUAGGGAGCACUUUUUUUUAUAGCCCUUACCCCCAUAGGGAUCACUUGAUUUUCACCCCUUCAAGAAGCGCUUUUUUCCCCUGACCCCUAUAGGGAUUACUUAAGUUUCACUCCUAUAGGCGGCAUUUUUUUUUCCCCUAACCCCUAUAGGGACCACUCGAAUUUCGCCCCUAUAGGAAGCAUUUUUUUGCCUCGAACCCCUAUAGAGAUCACUUGAUUUUUACCCCUACAAGAGCACUUUUCGCCCCUAACCUUUGAAGGGAUUACUUAAGCUUUAUCCCGAUAGCGAGCCCUUUUUGCCUUUAACCCCUAUAGGGACCACUCUUGAAUUCUCAUUUUUCCAUUUCCAGUUCAUCCUGGAGGAUGGGUACCUACAGCCGCCCUGAGACACGUCUACAAGAAGGAAUACCCGAAAUUCCUGAGAACCUUCACCGAAUACGUCCUGAAAAAUGUCAAAGGGAAGCCAGUGGCCAUUUAA